CGCGCAAACACAACUGUGCUCACAACUCUAGAGCCACUGUCGCUGGUUCUAUGGCAUUGCACUCAGCAAAAAGGAGUUCCAUUUGAAUUCGUGCUAUGGAUAUUAUUUGUCCCCGCCGGAGUCAUAGGGUUACGUUUUCAGACUGGGAAUACAAUCCACGCCAACUGUUUUGUAUUUAAACGUUAGCAGAUUUUCGGAGGCUGUGCAUCACAGUCAUGGAAUGCGUGCCAUUGUGGGGAAGUGGGGUUUUAAAUCUCGCCAUCCACUCUUUGCAUCCCCCAAUAUUUGUUCGCUAGCUAGUUAUAAUCCCCUAAAUUAGCGAAAGUCAGGGCACUACCGUGACAGACAGAAUAAGAGUUAUAUGUUCGUAUUCUUUCGAAUAGAAGCAGUACGCGACCACAUAAAUCAAAAUUGUUGGACUGGAGCGAGCAAUUCUUUUGAUCUGAGAAGCAGCUAAUGUAAGCACCUCUACGCGAGCUAACCAACCAAGCAAGAAGUCGUUGGCUAGCCAGGGAGUUCAAAAGGCAUACCUGACCAGGUUGUUUGUAAAAAUGGAGGCUGUUAUUGAAAAAGAAUGCAGUGCACUUGGAGGGCUUUUUCAAACCAUAAUCGGUGACAUGAAGAGCAGUUAUCCGAUCUGGGAGGAUUUCAUUAGCAAAGCUUCAAAGUUGCAGUCCCAGCUAAGAACCACGGUGGUGGCCACCGCAGCGUUCCUCGAUGCCUUCCAGAAAGUGGCCGACCUGGCGACGAGCUCUCGAGGGGGCACCAGAGACAUCGGCUCAGCUCUGACCAGGAUGUGUAUGAGGCACAGGAGCAUCGAGGCCAGGCUGCGGCAGCUCUCAAUGGCUUUCAUGGACUGCCUCGUCAACCCACUGCAGGACCAGGUUGAGGACUGGAAGAAAGGGGCCCACACUCUGGAUAAGGACCACGCUAAAGAGUAUAAGAAGGCCAGACAAGAGAUCAAGAAGAAGUCCUCCGACACCCUGAAGCUGCAGAAGAAGGCAAAGAAAGUGCUGUUUCCAGCUGAUACCCUGGGCCGUGGUGACAUCCAGCCUCAGCUGGACUCUGCCAUGCAGGACGUGAGUGAUAAGUACCUGCUGCUGGAGGAGACGGAGAAGCAGGCGGUGAGGAAGGCCCUGAUCGAGGAGAGAGCGCGCUUCUGUGCCUUUGUGUCCAUGCUGAGGCCCGUGGUGGAUGAGGAGGUUUCCAUGCUGGGAGAGAUCACUCACCUGCAGACUAUUUCAGAUGACCUGAAGUCCUUGACUAUCGACCCACAUAAGUUGCCCCCUGCCAGUGAGCAGGUCAUCCAUGAUUUAAAAGGCUCCGACUACAACUGGACCUACCAGACGCCCCCAUCCUCACCUAGCAACGCUGUCUCCAGGAAGUCCAGCAUGUGCAGCGGCAGCCUGAACAGCGUGACCAGCAGCGACUCGCGCUCCAGCGGCUCCUACUCCCACUCGCCCUCCCCGCAGUAUCGCUACCGCAGCUGCACCCUGCCGCCCCACACCUCCAGCCGCCUGGCCUCCAUCUCCUCCCACGACUCUGGCUUCAUCUCGCAGGAUGCCGGCCAGUCCAAGUCCCCCUCGCCCAUGCCCAUACCCAUGCCCGCAGACGCUGGCCCGCAGUUGACCAACGGCUUUGAGCACUACGGGCUGCCGGACUCUCUCUACCUUGCCGGGGUGGGCGGCAGCAGCAGCAUCUUCCCCUCCUCCUUCCCUCCCCCCGCCUCCCCCUCGUCCUCCUCCUGCUCGUCCUCCUCCACCCUGCGCUCCUGGUCCCGGCCCAACUCCGCCCUCAUCCCCGACUACCCCCACUACUGCACCCUGGGCCCCAGCAUCAUCCCCUCAUCCAAGGUCCCCAGCUGGAAGGACUGGGCCAAGCCUGGGCCAUAUGACCAGCCCGUGGUGAACACGCUGCGUAGGAAGAAGGAGAGAGUGGAGUCGACACCUGCUCCGGCUCAACCAGCAUUAACCAGCAACUCUACCGAAGAGCCACCGCGAGCUGGCCGCGCCGCCGUCGCCACCACACCAAGGCCUGCGGAGGACUCAGACCCCCAUGCGGAGCUGGCGCUGGCCCUCUCCUGCGGCCUGCAGCUGGACACACACACCCAGGGCUCCAGCAGAGACUCCCUGCAGUGCUCCAGCGGCUACAGCACCCAGACCAACACACCCUGCUGCUCCGAGGACACUAUCCCCUCACAGAUGUCCGACUACGACUAUUUCUCCAUGGGCGGGGAGCAGGAGAUAGACCAGCAGGACUUUGACAAGUCCUCCACCAUCCCCCGCAACAGUGACAUCACCCAGUCGUACCGCCGCAUGUUCCAGGCCAAGCGGCCCGCCUCCACGGCCGGCGUCCCCUGUGGCUCCGGCCCGGUCAUCGUCACGCCAGGCGUGGCCACCAUCCGCCGCACGCCCUCCACUAAGCCCUCAGGCCGGCGUGCCACCAUCUCAGGAGGGGGGCCCAUCCCCAUCAAGACCCCCGUCAUCCCAUUCAAGACCCCCAUGGCUCCUGACGCCCUGCCCGGCCUCUGCUUCAGUCAGGGCAGCACGGGCACCGAGGAAGAGGAUCCCCCCAGCCCCGAGUCUCCUGCCUCGGUGGAGGGAGAGCAGCUGGGCAUCCUGCCAGUGUCCUCCUGGAGCGGACAGGCCUCCACCAACCCCCCUGUCUCUAUCGCCCAGGCUGGGAAGGGGACUGAAGGGCUGCUGGAUGGGAUGGACCCCUCAGACCCUCAGGGCGACACAAUGCUGCUGGCUAUCCGUCGAGGCGUCAAACUGAAGAGGGCUCCAACCAACGACCGUUCCGCCCCACGGAUCGCCUGAGCGCACAGCAGAAGACCUCUGAUCGAACAAGCUGAAUAGGAGGCACCAGAAACCAGACGAGUCAUUUGCUUAGACAGUGUCGCAGCUGAGAAGCCAGUAUGGCUGUGUGUGUGUAAAUUAUGUUUAAGCGGACGUCAUUGAAUGAAAAGUGGGUUGGCCUGGGGGGUCGGGUUGACCAUCACAAUAUUGUAGGCUCUGCUUUUUGGAUUUGUUAGCUAUGGUCAACCAAUCAGUGGCAAUGGUAUGUUCAGUGUGAGUGCCAUUUACCCAGGAAGCAUUUGAGCUGGCCCAUCCCAGAAGAGCAAGAGAGACUUGGGUUGGUCCAAGGGCAGGACGAACUCCAUGGGGGGCCCUAGCGAUUUGAAGGUGGACGAGGAUGCCUCAUUGGAGUUUUGUAUAUAAAUCUAUCACUGUUCUCUUUGUUUGUUGUCUUAAGCAGCUGACGCCAUUACCUGGGGUGCCAAAUAGUAAGUCAUAGAGAAUUGAAUAAGUAUGGUUGCGCAGGUGGCAGGUACCAUCCUCUAGUUCUCAUAACACGACCAGUUCCAUUCUGCUGAUUUCCAACCAGAACUCCCCUGUGGUACAGCAAUUUUAAUCAUUCAGUUUUUAAUCCAAGAUCACUAAUGUUCUGUUUCAAAGCAAUAUGCUGGCUCAUAAUUUUACAUGUAUAUGCUUUAGUGGAAGAUACGUGUAAAGUUUGUAUGAUAAUGGUAUAAAGUGGUAAGAGAAAUGAUCAUCUGUGACCUGUAUGCAUAUCUAAAUAAGGAUGAAAAAGAUUUCAGAUGGUGACACACUAAAGAUUUUAUUCACUGCUUGAGUUUAUCUGUUUUAAGCAAGUUUUCUGUUCAAUAUUAGGAAUGCAUGCAGCCUUACCUCUGUAAACUGCUCAUUAAAUAUAAUGAUGUUGUUUAUCUCAAAAUAAGCUAUGAUUUAUUACACAAACAUGAACUGGUUUGUAGUGAUUUUCUUUUGUCCUUGCAUCAGCUUUUAGUUUAGUUUUAGAUGAGGUGAGCUGGUCAGGGAGGGAUUUGCCAAACGUGAAACGCUAAAAGGUGAACCUCAGCCUCAGUGUGUUUUUAAAUGACCCACUGGCUCUCAUACCUCUGUUCUUGUUUUGUGGUGAUUUUGAUUUUGUACAUAAUGUAAAUACUUUUUGUAGUUUUAUAGGUUGACAAAUAAAACUAUAUCUGUGUCCUGGCUCGGAAUAGAUUUUACACAGCUUAAAGCUUUCAAAUUUAAGCAACAAGAAUUAAAAUGUGAUAUUAAAGCACAAAUUACUAAAAACAUUUAAAAAAUAUCCAAGAUGAUAUUAAGGACCUGUAAAUUAUGUUGUUGACUUCAUUGGUUUGUAGAUUUCAGAGGUUGGCUAAGUUGAACUGAAGUUGGUCUGCAUUAACAAAGCUGUUAACAUGUUGUUAGCUCCCAGUGGGAAUGCUGUGAUGGGAGUAUAGGUAAUCACAUAUUUAGCAUACACUUUAUGAAAUGCCUCAUAUUAAAGAAAACAUGAAGUUUCAACAUUUCCACGGACUGUUUAUGUAAGCCAAAAUCAGUGAUUAUAAGAUUUUUUUAGAUUUUUUUUUUUGCCUGCUCUGACCCUGGUUUGACUCCCCUCUUGCCGUUUAAAAUGUUCCAUUUUCGCAGAUUCCAUGGUUUAUUUAUUUAUUUUUGAUGUUUUAAUCACAGCUUUAGCAUCGAAUUAAAAAUAAAUUGUGUUUA